AUCCUAAUUAAUGUCUAUCUAAUUAAAUUACUGUCAGCAGCUAACCAAUGGCAAGAGCCGUUUCAUCGGCUGCAUAAGCAGCAAGAUCAAAAGUGAGCCUUUUCUGAUUGCUGCAUAGUGUCAAUUGGCCAAUCUCUUCUCCCAGGGAAAAAAAAAAGUAAAUCAAACCUUUGAGAAGCAUUUGCUGGUUGAAGUGCUUUCUGUCUAGUGAGGGGUCUGUGGAUUCCUAGUUUAUGAUAAACAGGACUUUAAAGCCCAGGGACGGGAGGGCCAGCGUUCAGGUUCUAGAGCUAUGCAGCUGGAGCAUUGCCUCUCUCCUUCUAUCAUGCUCUCCAAGAAAUUUCUCAAUGUGAGCAGCAGCUACCCACAUUCGGGCGGAUCUGAGCUUGUCUUGCAUGAUCAUCCCAUUAUCUCGACCACUGACAACCUGGAGAGAAGUUCACCUUUGAAAAAAAUUACCAGGGGGAUGACGAAUCAGUCAGAUACAGACAAUUUUCCUGACUCCAAGGACUCACCAGGGGACGUCCAGAGAAGUAAACUCUCUCCUGUCUUGGACGGGGUCUCUGAGCUUCGUCACAGUUUCGAUGGCUCUGCUGCAGAUCGUUACCUCCUCUCUCAGUCCAGCCAGCCACAGUCUGCGGCCACCGCUCCCAGUGCCAUGUUCCCGUACCCCGGCCAGCACGGACCGGCGCAUCCCGCCUUCUCCAUCGGCAGCCCCAGUCGCUACAUGGCCCACCACCCGGUCAUCACCAACGGAGCUUACAACAGCCUGCUCUCCAACUCUUCGCCGCAGGGCUACCCCACGGCCGGCUACCCCUACCCACAGCAGUACGGCCACUCCUACCAAGGAGCCCCUUUCUACCAGUUCUCCUCCACCCAGCCCGGGUUGGUGCCCGGCAAGGCGCAGGUAUACCUGUGCAACAGGCCACUUUGGCUGAAAUUUCAUCGGCAUCAAACGGAGAUGAUCAUCACUAAACAGGGAAGGCGCAUGUUUCCCUUUUUGAGUUUUAACAUUUCUGGUCUCGAUCCCACCGCUCAUUACAAUAUUUUUGUGGAUGUGAUUUUGGCGGAUCCCAAUCACUGGAGGUUUCAAGGAGGCAAAUGGGUUCCUUGUGGCAAAGCGGACACCAAUGUGCAAGGAAACCGGGUCUAUAUGCAUCCAGAUUCCCCCAACACUGGGGCUCACUGGAUGCGGCAAGAAAUCUCUUUUGGAAAAUUAAAACUUACCAACAACAAGGGAGCAUCAAACAACAAUGGGCAGAUGGUGGUUUUACAGUCCCUGCACAAGUACCAGCCCCGUCUGCACGUGGUGGAAGUGAAUGAGGAUGGCACAGAGGACACCAGCCAGCCAGGCCGCGUCCAGACGUUCACUUUUCCGGAGACUCAGUUUAUCGCUGUCACAGCCUACCAGAACACCGAUAUUACACAACUAAAAAUAGAUCAUAACCCCUUUGCAAAAGGAUUUCGAGAUAACUAUGACACGAUCUACACGGGCUGCGACAUGGACCGCUUGACCCCGUCGCCCAACGACUCUCCGCGCUCCCAGAUCGUGCCCGGCGCCCGCUACGCCAUGGCCGGCUCUUUCCUGCAAGACCAGUUCGUGAGCAACUAUGCUAAGGCCCGCUUCCACCCGGGCGCCGGCGCUGGCCCCGGGCCGGGUACAGACCGCAGCGUGCCUCACACCAACGGGCUGCUGUCCCCGCAGCAGGCCGAGGACCCGGGCGCGCCAUCGCCCCAGCGCUGGUUCGUCACGCCGGCCAACAACCGGCUGGACUUCGCGGCCUCGGCCUACGACACGGCCACGGACUUCGCCGGCAACGCGGCCACGCUGCUGUCGUACGCGGCCGCCGGCGUGAAGGCGCUGCCGCUGCAGGCCGCGGGCUGCACGGGCCGCCCGCUCGGUUACUACGCCGACCCUUCGGGCUGGGGCGCGCGCAGUCCCCCGCAGUACUGCGGCGCCAAGUCGGGCUCCGUGCUCCCCUGCUGGCCCAACAGCGCCGCGGCCGCCGCUCGCAUGGCCGGCGCCAACCCCUACCUGGGCGAGGAGGCCGAGGGCCUGGCGGCCGAGCGCUCGCCGCUGGCGCCCGCCGCCGAGGACGCCAAGCCCAAGGACCUGUCCGACUCCAGCUGGAUCGAGACGCCCUCCUCCAUCAAGUCCAUCGACUCGAGCGACUCGGGGAUUUACGAGCAGGCCAAGCGGAGGCGGAUCUCUCCGGCGGACACGCCGGUGUCAGAGAGCUCGUCCCCGCUCAAGAGCGAGGUGCUGGCCCAGCGGGACUGCGAGAAGAACUGCGCCAAGGACAUAGGCGGCUACUAUGGAUUCUACUCGCACAGCUAGACCCCCGUCAGCCAGCCCGCCUGCUCGCCUGCCCGCCCG